AUGGAGGACGACGAACUGCAAGCGAUUCGCGCUGCUCGCAUGGCCGAGCUUCGAGGUGGCGGUGGGAGUAGUGCCAGCUCCGGCGGUGCUUCUGGAUCAAGCGGCUUCAGCGGGCCGCAAGGCGCAUCGAACGGAGGCUCCGGAGGCAAGAACCAAGAAGAACAGCAAGCACAACAGGAAGAGAUGAAGCGCCAGAUGCUCAGUCGCAUCCUCGACACCGAGGCGCGAGAACGACUGUCGAGAAUCGGCCUGGUCAAGCCGCAAAAGGCACGCCAGAUCACGGAUCUGCUCAUCCGCAUGGCCCAAUCGGGCCAGAUCCGCGGCAAGAUCAAGGAGGAACAGCUCAUCGAUUUGCUCGAUCAGGUGGAUCAGGCGAAUGCUGCCGAGUCGGGCGCGGGGAAGAUCACUUUCACAAGGAAGAAGACGGUUCAGGACGACGACGAUAGCGAUUUCGACUUGUAG